GCUGAGUGUCGCUGGAGUAGCUCUCCCUGUGGUAUGGCCUUACAGGAUCUAUCCCCUGGUGGCAUUACGCGACAUCUCAAGGAGCAUCAUUUCGAUGACGUUGUCAACCUCUGGCACGAUAGGAAGCGUGGAGGUUGCCAGUGGUCGGCAGUCGGUCAGCCCUGCUGCAUUGAACUGUACUACGGUGGCUUUGGCAAGCAUGUCGCCUCAGUACACCUGAAGAGCAUCUCUUGCAAGUGCCCGGCAUGUGGACAAGAGUGUUGCAGGGUAGACGCGCUCAGGAGACACCAACGGGAGGUAUGCGUUGGGCGGGCUCCCACGGACCCUUGGACAGGCUGA